AUGCAAUUCUCAACCCUUGUUUCAUUAGCUGCUGUUAUCGUUUCAACCAACGCUGCUGCUCUUCUUACUCAAACAGUUGAAUCUUCAACUGUGGUUACCAUUACUUCAUGUGGUACAGAAGCAACAAACUGUCCAGCUGCUUCUCCAGCUCCAUCUGGGUCAGCUCCAGCUCCACCAGCUCCAGAGCAACCAGAAUCCGCACCAGCACCAGCACCAUCAGCUCCAGCUCCUGAACAACCAGAGCAACCAGCUACUCCAGCUACUCCAGCCACCCCAGCUGCCCCAGCUCCAUCAGCUCCAGCUCCUGAACAACCAGAGCAACCAGCUACUCCAGCUACUCCAGAUACCCCAGCUGCUCCAGCUCCAUCAGCUCCAGCUCCUGAACAACCAGCUGGUCCAGCACCAUCUGCUCCAGCACCAGGUCCAGAACAACCAGCUGCCCCAGCUUCUCCAGCUCCAGCACCAUCUGCUUCUGCUCCUGAACAACCAGCCGGCCCAGCACCAUCUGGUCCAGCACCAUCUGCUUCUGCUCCUGAACAACCAGCCGGCCCAGCACCAUCUGGUCCAGCACCAGGUCCAGAACAACCAGCUGCUCCAACCUCAAAAGAAGCUGAAUCAACACCAGCUCCAGCACCAUCUGCCCCAGCCGGUCCAGAGCAACCGGAAUCUGCUCCAGCUCCAGGCCCAUCUGCCCCAGCCGGUCCAGAGCAACCAGCUUCAUCUGUUUCUAACUCUACUUCUCCAUCUAGUGUCCCAACUUUUGAAGGUGCUGCCGCUAAACAAUACAUUACUGGUAGUGUCGCUGUUAUUGCUGCUGCUUUAUUAGCUUUGUAA